UUACAUGUAACCUAUUGACAUUACAUUAGUUACGUCCCUUGUUAAAAAGUAUGUCAUUGUCACAGCCGAUUGAAUUCGAAGCACAUUACCUUGUUUGGUAAACACCACGGGAGUCGGACCCUCCGACAUUGGGGCCUGUUUCUAAUUAGAUGGUGUGCCAUGUGCGGACGGAAAUAGGUUGUUUAUUCCACGCAGCCACUUUAACGUAGUCGGAAAGAGAUUGUGGUUUUGCAGAAUGUCAAGUGAAACAUCCAAAGAGUGGUUGCGUUUGGUUAAGGAAAGGCUGGAAAAAGCAGAUCAAUAUCAACAGUUACUGCAGGACCUGUCUUCGUGCAAGACUGAUGUAGAGCGAGUCAGUACCGUGGACCAGUUGGAACACAUUCACAGCAUCCUUACCAUCAAAGCCUCUCCUUACAUGAAGAGCGAUGCAGGUUCCACGCAGGCCCGGGAGGAAGGCAACAGGCUGUUUCAGAAGAGGCAGUACUACCCGGCCCUUAUGCUCUACAACCGGAGUGUCAUGCUGGCCCCUGCUGGAGGGGACACCUCCAUGCUGGCCCUGGCACUAGCAAACAGGUCAGCUGUUCUACACCACAUGAAGUUGUACCAGUUCUCACUUGAUGAUAUUGCUGCUGCUCUCAAUUACGGCUAUCCAAACAAUAUACGGUACAAGCUGUACGAAAGGGAAGGUAAAUGUCACUGCCAGCUCGGGCAGUUGUCCCAGGCCCGGGUCUCCCUGAACACUGCCAUACAUGCUCUCCAGGUCUCACAGCUGGACAAGAACAAAAUGAAGACCUUGAUAACAGACUUUAGGAAGCAACUGGACAAGCUGGAUGACCCAACACUGGUCACCAAUGGUAGGAAACACGACAUUGUCCUGCGUGGGCCAUUGCCAGAGCUGAGUGGGAAAGGAGCACCUGGGGUUGUCACGAUCAGCAAUGCUGUAAGUGUAGGAACCAGUGAGGAGUCUGGUAGAGGGCUGUACGCCAAUGCUGACAUUGAUGUGGGAGACGUGCUGAUUGUUGAGAAGCCGUACUGUUCAACAGUUCUGAAAGGAAGAAGUCUGCAUUAUUGCCAUCACUGUAGCAGUAGAGUUGUCUCUCCUGUCCCUUGCCUCUCAUGCAGUGGGGUUGUAUUCUGUGGGGACAUGUGUCGCAAACAGGCCUGGGAGCAGUACCACGUGCAUGAAUGCAGCAUUUUACAUCAGGUCACUAUGGCUAAUAUUGGACUGGGGUCGCUGGCUGUUAAGAUGGUGUUGAAAGCUGGGUGUGAAUAUCUGUGCACGUUUGAGCAAUUUAAUUGCAAUGAGGAUGAGGCUCAUUUUGCAGAAAGAUUUGAUGGAAAGUAUAACUGGGAUGAUUACGGCAGUGUUUAUCGUCUUAUAAAUCAUGUUAGGGAUAGGAAGAUAGAAGAUGUAUUGAUGUAUUGCCUGGAGGCUUUGUUCUUGGCCAGUUGUAUUCAGCAGACUGAAUUCUUUGGUGAUGAAAAACUUGAUAGAAAAAGGGUCAUCAUUGGUAGUCAUUUGCUGCGAAACCUUAUGAUGUUGCCUUGCAAUGCCCAUGAAUGUUCUGAGUUGGUGUACAAGGAAGGCAACCUGCCAGAAUCUCUCUCUGUUGAAGUGGGAUCUGCUAUUUAUCCCUGCCUGAGUCUCAUCAACCAUUCUUGUGACCCGAACGUUGUACGACACAGCUAUAAAAAUGUGUGCGUAGUGCGUGCAAUAAGGAACAUCCCUAAGGGGUCAGAACUCUUGGACAACUAUGGGGCCCUCUGUGCUCUGACUCGUACAGCUGAUCGCCGCCAGAAGCUGGAAUCCCAGUACUUUUUUACCUGCCACUGCCUGGCAUGCACAGAUGACUACCCCCAGUACCUGGACCUACCCACCGACACCCCAGUCUUCAAAUGUGAUGCAUGCAAUGGACCAGUAUUUUUACCUAUGUCCCAGAAAUACACAGAGGUGCCAUGUUCGUGUUGUGUCCAUCUGCAUGACCUAGUUCCAAGGCUGGGUUCCCUGGCCCAGUCAGACGAAAGCUAUCGGGGCGCCAUGAUGGAGGUACUAACAAGCUCGUGUAAGAACUUAACUGAAAAUAUUGCAGCUCUGGAGGGUCAUUUGCAGCAGAUGGACCGGCUGCUGUGCCGCCCCUGGCGUGACUACAACGACUGCCAAGAAGCCCUCAAACAAUGCUAUGCUUUGAAAGCAAACUGUUUUCCUGCAAGUUUUGUAUGAAUUGAAUACUAAGUAAAUUAAAAAAUUCAUGCGAAAGUAGUAUGGCAGUGUACCAAAUUGUGCAAUAGUUUAUGGAAUUUGCUCCUUAAUUGCAGUGAAAAACAUUAAAUACUUAUAUAAUUUCCUUACUUUAAUUGUGUUUAUUGUUUUUGAUUGAUGGUUGAUUAGAGUUUGUCUAUGUCAAUGCUUUCAAUUCAGUUUACACUUGUACAGAUGAAAAAUCUUUAAACAAUUGUAUAAAUGUUUUGAGUCCCAUAAGACUUUCAAGAUAAUAGGACAUUUGGUCUGGUAAAAAAAGCAUAUUCACUAAAAGAAGUACUUGUAUGAAUGCAUUAUUUAUUGUUAAGAUAACACAUUUACAAUACACACGUUUGCUCUUUAAAAAAAUACAAUA